AUGCAUUUCCCCUCAUCCAACCAGUCACUGAACAUCAUAUUUUUGCUUGAGGGACUCACAAAAGACCCAACACUUGAAGCUGUCCUCUUCAUUAUGUUCUUGGUGAUCUACAUCUUCACAAUUUUUGGGAAUGGGGGGUUAAUUUUUCUGAUUAUAAAAAUCCCUGCCCUGCACACCCCCAUGUAUUUCUUUCUGCAACAUUUAUCUUUCAUAGAUAUAUGUUACACUUCUGUCAUCAUCCCAAGAACUCUCUCCAAUUUUCUUGCUAAGGAGAAAACCAUUACUCUAUUGGCUUGUGCUGUACAAAUGUAUUUUUAUGGAGCCUAUUUUAACACAGAAGCUCUUUUAUUAGCUGCUAUGGCUUAUGACCGUUAUGUAGCCAUAUGCAAGCCUUUGAUUUACCAUGCCAUUAUUAAAAGAGAAGUAUGUCAUAUAUUUAUUUGUACAUGCUAUGCUGUUGGCUUCUUUAAUUCUUUUAUACAUACUGGGAACACAUUCAGGCAGACCUACUGCAACUCUCUUAAGAUCUCCCAUUUCUACUGUGAUGUAGCCCCAGUCCUAAAGCUCUCGUGCUCAGAUACCUCUAUGACUGAACUUGUUAUUUAUGUUAUCGUAGGAGUAAAUUCAUUUGUAUGUGUGGCAACCAUUGUUACAUCAUAUGCCUACAUAUUCUCUGCCAUACUGAGAAUCCAGUCGGGACAAGGAAGGCUGAAAGCAUUCACAACUUGUUCUUCUCAUUUGAUCUCUGUUGGAACCUUAUUUGGAACCCUGAUGUAUAUGUACCUGCGCCCAAACUCCAGUUAUUCCAAUGAUCAGGAUAAGGUGGUGUCUGUUUUCUAUACAAUGGUAAUACCUAUGUUAAAUCCAAUCAUUUACAGCUUCAGAAACAAAGAUGUGCAGAAAGCAUUUCUGAAAAUUAUAGAAAAACAUAUUGUAUAA